AUGUCGCGGCGUGUUUCUAUGUAUCGUCCAGGGAAUACCAUACAUCGUCGGACCAAUCAAUUCAUUCAUCAGGAUGUCUUUCCUUUAUUAGACUCCAAGGAAAUAACAAUAUGUUUACAAAGCUGCGAUUUCAUUGCUACAGAAGAACUAGUUAGUAGACCGACGAGUCAGUUCAUGAAAACAUUAUUCGAGCAGUUUCUAGAUACAUUUAUGGGGAUAUCUGCAUCCACGAUUCGAGACAAAACCAAGAAGAUAAAUAAGCAUGACACAUCCAUCGGCAGGUCCCAGGAAGCUGACAAGGACAAUUUCGCACAGGAAGAAGGCGAAAGAGAGGAGGAGGAUGACGACGACGACGAUACAAGCGAGGCUCUCAAUCUAAUAAUGCUUCAUCGGGGGGCUCACAAAUUUCUUCAGGGUUGUGGAAUUCAUGAUUUGACAUUAAUGGAUAUAAUGCGGCCCGAGCCUUAUAGGACAAGGCGAAUACUAAGUGCUGUUGUAAAUUUUGCUAGAUUCCGAGAAGAACACUCUGCGGAAUGUGAACAUUUAGUCAUAGAGAGCGAAGAGAGUUUAGAGAGGAUACGUAAGAGCCAAGGCGAUAAUGAAAAGACUACGAAUCAACUUAGAGAUCUCAAAGCUAGAAUUGAAGCAAGUGAAGAAGGGGAACAUAAAAAAGCGACCUUGAAACAAAUCAAUUCAUAUAACACUAAACUAGAGAAUGAGUUAAAAAAAUUGAAGAAAUCUCAAGAGUUGUUAACAUUGGAGCAUUCUCAAUACAAAGUCGAAAAAGCAAGGUUGAUCGAAAAGCUAGAAGAUCAAAAUUAUCUCAUUUUGGAAUUUGCGAAAGAACUUGAAAAACUCAAGACUUAUUCGUCAACAGAUCUAGAUGUUUUGAAUCAAAUAAUAGCAGACUUGAAGAGCCAAAUUAUAGACUACCAAUCUAGCUUUAGUGAUAUGGAAUCGAAAGAUCGAAACCUUUCUAUAACCAUUGAAUCAAUGCAAAUAGUUGAGGGCGAAUUGAAGAGCCUUUUCCGUAUCUUGGAAGAGAUCAUGAAUGAUCUUUUAAAAGAAAAGAAUGCUUUUGAAGAACUUAAUUCCACUCAAGAAUACCUCGACCAACAGAAUGCCGAAUCAAAUGAUUUGGGAAGACAAAUACAACAAUACGAAAGACAGUUGGUUAAUACGCAAGAUAAGAUUAAUAAAUUAAAACUUCAGGCAGAAGAGCGCAUUAAGAAGAGCCAGCAACAAUUAGCAAGCUAUAGAUCUGAUUAUACUAAAUUAGUUGAAGAGAGAAACUUGAAGGAAAAAGAGUUUACCAAAAAGAAAGAACUAAUUGCGGACAUUGAAGCUAAAAUAAAUAAGAAAAAAUCAGAUUUUCAGAUCGAAGUCAAAAACCUUGAUUUGAAAAUCGCAAGACUUAAUGCUCAAAUUAAGCUCUACCUUGACGAAGUUGGUAAGAAAGUUUUCGAAAACUAG